AUGUUGUCGUGCCUGGCCUUUUGUUGCUGGACUCUGGCACUGGCGUCCGGCUGGACCAACUUCCAGCCCCUGGCACCGUCGCGCAACUUCAGCUUCCGCCUGUUCCCCGAGGCCUCGUCUGGGGCUCCGGGCAGACUGGCCGUGCCACCCGCAUCCGGUGAGGAGGAGGCGGUGGGGAGCAAAGUGGAGCGUCUGGGCCGCGCGUUCCGGAGCCGCGUGCGGCGCCUGCGGGAGCUCAGUGGCCGCCUGGAGCUCGUCUUCUUGGUGGACGAGUCGUCCAGCGUGGGCCAAGCCAACUUCCUCAACGAGCUCAAGUUCGUGCGCAAGCUGCUGUCCGACUUCCCCGUGGUGUCCACAGCCACACGCGUGGCCAUCGUCACCUUCUCGUCCAAGAACAACGUGGUGGCGCGCGUGGAUUACAUCUCCACCAGCCGGGCACACCAGCACAAGUGCGCGCUGCUCAGCCGUGAGAUCCCAGCCAUCACCUACCGCGGUGGUGGCACCUACACCAAGGGCGCCUUCCAGCAAGCUGCGCAAAUCCUUCGUCACUCUAGAGAAAACUCCACCAAAGUCAUAUUUCUCAUCACCGAUGGCUAUUCCAAUGGGGGAGACCCCAGACCCAUUGCAGCAUCGCUGCGGGACUUUGGAGUGGAGAUCUUCACAUUCGGGAUUUGGCAAGGGAAUAUCCGGGAACUGAAUGACAUGGCUUCUACCCCGAAGGAGGAACACUGCUACCUGCUCCACAGUUUUGAAGAAUUCGAGGCUUUGGCUCGAAGGGCAUUGCAUGAAGAUCUACCUUCUGGGAGCUUUAUCCAAGAGGAUAUGGCCCACUGCUCUUACCUCUGUGAAGCUGGGAAAGACUGCUGUGACCGAAUGGCCAGCUGCAAAUGUGGGACACACACAGGUCAAUUUGAAUGCAUCUGUGAGAAGGGCUAUUACGGGAAAGGUCUCCAGUAUGAAUGCACAGCUUGCCCGUCAGGGACAUAUAAGCCUGAAGCAUCUCCAGGAGGAAUCAGCACGUGCAUCCCAUGUCCCGAUGAAAACCACACUUCUCCACCUGGAAGCACAUCCCCAGAAGACUGUGUGUGCCGAGAGGGGUACCAGACAUCCGGUCAGACCUGUCAGGUUGUCCACUGCCCUACACUGAAGCCUCCUGAAAAUGGUUAUUUUAUACAAAACACUUGCAAAAACCACUUCAAUGCAGCCUGUGGGGUCCGAUGUCGUCCUGGAUUUGACCUUGUGGGAAGCAGCAUCCAUUUGUGUCAACCCAAUGGUUUGUGGUCGGGGACAGAGAGCUUCUGCAGAGUGAGAACAUGCCCUCAUCUCCGUCAGCCCAAACAUGGCCACAUCAGCUGCUCCACUGUGGAAAUGACCUACAACACCAUGUGUUUGGUCACCUGUAAUGAAGGAUACAGAUUAGAAGGGAAUGCUAAGCUUACCUGCCAAGGAAAUGCCCAGUGGGAUGGUGCAGAACCUCGGUGUGUGGAGCGCCACUGUGCCACCUUCCAGAAGCCCAAGGGUGUCCUCAUAUCUCCACCCAGCUGUGGCAAGCAGCCAGCCAAGCCUGGGAUGACCUGUCAGCUAAGCUGCCGCCAGGGAUACGUCUUAUCUGGGGUCAGAGAAGUGAGAUGUGCCACAUCCGGGAAGUGGAGCGCCAAAGUUCAGACAGCUGUGUGCAAAGAUGUGGAGGCUCCGAAAAUCAUCUGUCCAAAUGACAUCGAAGCUAAGACUGGGGAACAACAAGACUCUGCUAACAUCACCUGGCAAAUCCCAACAGCUAAAGACAACUCUGGUGAAAAGGUGUCAGUCCAUGUCCAUCCAGCCUUUACCCCACCUUACCUCUUCCCAAUUGGAGAAGCAGCUAUCACCUACACAGCAACUGACUCAUCCAGUAACCAAGCCAGCUGCACUUUCUACAUUAAGGUUAUUGAUGUGGAACCGCCCGUCAUAGAUUGGUGCCGAUCUCCACCUCCCAUCCAGGUAGUAGAGAAGGAGCACUCUGCCAGCUGGGAUGAGCCUCAGUUCUCAGACAACUCUGGGGCUGAAUUGGUCAUUACCCGAAGUCACACACAAGGAGACCUCUUUCCUCAUGGGGAAACUGUAGUGUGGUAUACAGCCACUGACCCAUCAGGCAACAACAGAACCUGUGACAUCCACAUUGUCAUAAAAGGUUCUCCCUGUGAGGUUCCCUUCACCCCUAUAAACGGGGACUUUGUCUGUGCCCAGGAUAGUGCUGGAGUUAACUGCACCCUGAGUUGCCGGGAGGGGUAUGAUUUCACAGAAGGGUCUACUGAGAAGUAUUACUGUGCUUUUGAAGAUGGUAUCUGGAGACCACCAUAUUCUACUGAAUGGCCAGACUGUGCAAUAAAACGUUUUGCAAACCACGGGUUCAAGUCCUUUGAGAUGCUGUACAAAACCACUCGCUGUGAUGACAUGGAUCUGCUUAAGAAGUUUUCAACAGCAUUUGAAACCACCCUGGGGAAAAUGGUCCCGUCCUUUUGUAGUGAUGCUGAUGACAUUGACUGCAGACUGGAGGACCUGACCAAAAAAUACUGCAUCGAAUAUAAUUAUGACUAUGAAAAUGGCUUUGCAAUUGGACCAGGGGGCUGGGGUGCAGGUAACAGGCUGGAUUACUCUUAUGAUCACUUCCUGGAUGUUGUACAAGAAACACCUACAGGUGUGGGCAAAGCCAGAUCGGCACGGAUUAAAAGAACUGCCCCAUUGUCUGACCCCAAAAUUCAGCUAAUUUUUAACAUCACAGCUAGUGUGCCACUGCCAGAGGAAAGAAAUGAUACCCUUGAAUUGGAAAAUCAGCAGCGACUCAUUAAGACUUUGGAAACGAUCACAAACCGCCUGAAGAGCACCUUGAAUAAGGAGCCUAUGUACUCUUUCCGGCUUGCCUCCGAGAUGGUGGUGGCUGACAGCAAUUCCCUGGAGACAGAGAAGGCCUUUCUCUUCUGCAGACCAGGCUCUGUGCUGAGGGGACGCAUGUGUGUGAAUUGCCCCCUGGGAACCUAUUACUCGAUGGAGCAUUCCACCUGUGAAAGCUGCCUGAUGGGAUCCUAUCAAGAUGAAGAAGGGCAGCUUGAGUGCAAGCUCUGUCCCCCCAGGACUCACACUGAAUAUCUCCAUUCGAGAAGCAUCUCUGAAUGCAAAGCUCAGUGUAAACAAGGCACCUACUCUUCCAGUGGGCUUGAGACCUGUGAAUCUUGUCCACUGGGUACUUAUCAACCAGAAUUUGGAUCCCGGAGCUGCCUCUUAUGCCCAGAACCCACCACAACCGUGAAAAGAGGAGCUAUAGACAUCUCUGCUUGUGGAGUGCCCUGUCCAGUAGGAGAAUUCUCCCGUUCUGGGUUAACACCCUGCUAUCCAUGCCCUCGAGACUACUACCAGCCCAAUGCAGGGAAGUCCUUCUGCCUAGCCUGUCCCUUUUAUGGAACUACAACAAUCACUGGUGCCACAUCCAUCACGGAUUGCUCAAGUUUUAGCUCCACUUUCUCAGCAGCAGAAGAAAGCGUAGUGCCCCUCGCAGCCCCUGGACGUACCCAAAAGAAGUAUGAAGUCAGCAGCCAGGUCUUCCACGAAUGUUUCUUAAACCCUUGCCACAACAGUGGAACCUGCCAACCACUUGGGCGAGGUUAUAUCUGUCUCUGUCCACCCAGAUACACAGGCUUAAAGUGUGAAACAGAUAUUGAUGAAUGCAGCUCACUGCCUUGUCUCAACAGUGGAGUUUGUAGAGACCAAGUCGGGGGAUUCACUUGUGAGUGCCCAUUGGGUUACACAGGCCAAGUAUGUGAAGAAAACAUAAAUGAGUGUAGUUCCAGCCCUUGCUUGAAUAAAGGAACCUGCACUGAUGACUUGGCAAGCUACCACUGUACCUGUGUGAAAGGAUAUGUUGGUGUGCACUGUGAGAUAGAUGUCAAUGAAUGCCAGUCGAGCCCCUGCUUAAAUAAUGCAGUUUGUAAAGACCAAGUUGGGGGGUUCUUGUGCAAAUGCCCACCUGGAUUUUUGGGUACUCGGUGUGAAAAAAACGUGGACGAGUGUCUCAGCCAGCCAUGCCAAAAUGGAGCCACAUGUAAGGAUGGUGCCAACAGUUUCAGGUGUCAAUGCCUAGCAGGCUUCACAGGACCACACUGUGAACUGAACAUCAAUGAAUGUCAGUCCAACCCAUGCAGGAACCAGGCCACCUGCGUGGAUGAGCUAAACUCAUACAGUUGUAAAUGUCGGCCAGGAUUUUCAGGCCACAGGUGUGAGACAGAACAGCCUUCAGGUUUUAACCUGGAUUUUGAAGUUUCUGGCAUUUAUGGGUAUGUCAUACUAGAUGGAGUGCUUCCAUCUCUCCAUGCCAUAACCUGUGCCUUCUGGAUGAAAUCCUCUGAUGUCAUCAACUACGGGACACCCAUCUCCUAUGCUCUUGAGGGCGACAAUGACAACACCUUCCUCCUGACUGAUUAUAAUGGCUGGGUCCUUUAUGUGAAUGGAAAAGAAAAGAUCACAAACUGCCCGUCUGUGAAUGAUGGCACUUGGCAUCAUAUUGCAAUCACAUGGACAAGUACUGGUGGAGUCUGGAGAGUCUAUAUAGACGGGAAAUUAUCUGACAGCGGUACUGGCCUCUCUGUCGGCAAAGCCAUACCUGGUGGUGGCGCAUUAGUUCUUGGGCAAGAGCAAGACAAAAAAGGAGAGGGAUUCAACCCAGCUGAGUCUUUUGUGGGCUCCAUAAGCCAGCUCAACCUCUGGGACUAUGUCCUGUCUCCACAGCAGGUGAAUUCGCUGGCCAGCUCCUGCCCAGGGGAGCUCAGUCGGGGAAAUGUGUUAGCCUGGCCUGAUUUCCUGUCGGGAAUCACAGGGAAGGUGAAGGUUGAUUCCAGAAGCAUAUUCUGUUCUGAUUGCCCAUCUUUAGAAGGAGCUGUACCACACCUGAGAACUGCAUCAGGAGAUCGAAAGCCGGGCUCCAAAGUCAGUCUGUUCUGUGACCCAGGCUUCCAGAUAGUCGGGAAUCCUGUACAGUAUUGUUUGAACCAAGGGCAGUGGACACAACCACUCCCUCACUGUGAACGUAUUCGCUGUGGGCUGCCUCCUGCCUUGGAGAAUGGCUUCUAUUCAGCUGAGGACUUCCAUGCUGGCAGCACUGUAACCUAUCAGUGCAACAAUGGUUACUACUUGUUGGGUGAUUCCCGAAUGUUCUGCACAGACAACGGGAGCUGGAAUGGCAUUUCACCAUCAUGUCUAGAUGUUGAUGAGUGUGCAGUUGGAUCAGACUGUAAUGAACAUGCUUCCUGCCUGAACACCAAUGGAUCCUACGUAUGCUCGUGCAACCCACCAUACAUGGGAGAUGGUAAAAAUUGUGCAGAGCCUGUAAAAUGUAAAGCUCCAGAAAAUCCAGAAAAUGGCCACUCAUCUGGUGAGACUUACACAGUGGGAGCCGAAGUCACAUUUUCCUGUGAGGAAGGAUACCAGCUGCUGGGAGUGAGCAAAGUCACCUGCUUGGAGACUGGAGAAUGGGAUCACAUCAGACCAGCCUGUGAAGCCGUUUCCUGUGGUGCCCCACCUGCUCCUGAAAAUGGUGGUGUAGAUGGGUCAGUGUUCACGUAUGGCAGUAAGGUGACGUACAGGUGUGAUAAAGGAUAUACUUUGGCUGGAGAUGAGGAGUCAACCUGUCUCGCUAGUGGCUCAUGGAGUCAUUCCUCUCCUGUGUGUCAGCUGGUGAAAUGUUCCAGUCCUGAGAGCAUAAACAAUGGGAAAUACAUCCUAAGUGGGCUCACCUACCUUUCUAUUGCUUCAUAUUCCUGUGAGAAUGGCUACAGCUUGCAGGGCCCAUCCCUCAUUGAAUGCACAGCUUCGGGCAGCUGGGACAGAGCGCCACCUACCUGUCACCUUGUCUCCUGCGGAGAGCCGCCAGUCCUCAAAGAUGCUGUCAUCACUGGGAGUAACUUCACUUUUGGGAACAUGGUUACUUACACAUGCAAAGAGGGCUUCACCCUUGCUGGCUCUGACACCAUCGUAUGCCUAGCCAAUGGCAAGUGGAAUUCAAGUAACCACCAGUGCCUGGCUGUCUCCUGCGAUGAGCCCCCCAAUGUGGACCACGCCUCUCCAGAGACUGCCCACCGACUUUUCGGAGAUACAGCAUUCUACUACUGUGCAGAUGGUUACAGCCUGGCUGACAAUUCCCAGCUCAUCUGCAAUGCCCAGGGAAAAUGGGUUCCCCCAGAAGGCCAGGCUGUGCCACGCUGUAUAGCUCACUUCUGUGAAAAACCUCCAUCUGUUUCCUACAGUAUUCUGGAAUCUGUGAGCAAAGCAAAAUUUGCCACGGGCUCAGUAGUGAGCUUCAAGUGCUUGGAAGGUUUUGUGCUGAACACGUCGGCAAAGAUUGAAUGCCUGAGAGGGGGACAGUGGAGCCCUUCUCCCCUAUCAGUCCAGUGCAUCCCAGUGCGGUGCGGAGAGCCUCCCAGCAUCAUGAAUGGCUAUGCGAGUGGAACAAACUACAGUUUUGGGGCCAUGGUAGCGUAUAGCUGUCACAAGGGAUUCUAUAUCAAAGGAGAGAAGAAGAGCACCUGUGAGGCCACCGGACAGUGGAGCAGGCCCCUGCCCACCUGCCACCCUGUUUCCUGUAAUGAACCACCUAAGGUAGAGAACGGCUUUCUGGAGCACACCACUGGCAGGACCUUUGAGAGUGAAGCGAGGUUCCAGUGCAACCCAGGCUAUAAGGCAGCUGGAAGUCCUGUGUUUGUCUGCCAAGCCAACCGCCACUGGCACAGUGAGGCCCCUCUGUCCUGCACCCCCCUCAACUGUGGAAAACCCCCUCCCAUCCAGAAUGGCUUCUUGAAAGGUGAAAGCUUUGAUGUGGGAUCCAAAGUUCAGUUUUUCUGCAAUGAGGGAUAUGAGCUUGUUGGUGAUAAUUCUUGGACUUGCCAGAAAUCUGGCAAAUGGAGUAAGAAGCCAAGUCCAAAGUGUGUCCCCACAAAGUGCCCAGAACCUCCCAUCUUGGAAAAUCAGCUUGUAUUAAAGGAAUUAACUUCUGAGGUAGGCAUAAUGACCAUUUCCUGUAAAGAGGGGCAUGCCUUGCAAGGCCCUUCUGUCCUGAAGUGUUUGCCAUCCGGGCAAUGGAAUGGUUCCUUUCCUGUUUGUAAGAUGGUCCUUUGUUACUCUCCUCCCUUGAUUCCCUUUGGCCUCCCUGCUUCUUCUGGUGCUCUUCAUUUUGGGAGUACUGUCAAGUAUUCGUGCGUUGAUGGGUUUUUCUUAAGAGGUGAUCCAACCAUCCUCUGCCAGUCUGACGGCACCUGGAGUUCUCCAUUGCCUGAAUGUGUUCCAGUAGAAUGCCCCCAACCUGAGGAGAUUCUCAACGGCAUCAUCCACGUGCAAGGGCUCGCCUAUCUCAGCACCACACUCUACUCCUGCAAGCCAGGCUUCGAGUUAGUGGGCAAUACGACCACCCUCUGUGGGGAAAAUGGCCAGUGGCUUGGAGGAAAACCAAUGUGCAAACCUGUUGAAUGCCCAGAGCCCAAAGAGAUUUUAAAUGGCCAAUUCUCUUACAUAAGCUUUCAGUAUGGACAAACCGUCACAUAUUUCUGUGACCGAGGCUUCCGACUUGAAGGCCCCAAAGCCCUGACCUGUUUAGAGACAGGUGACUGGGACAUGGAUGCCCCCUCUUGCAAUGCCAUCCACUGUAGUGACCCACAACCCAUUGAGAAUGGUUUCGUAGAAGGUGCGGAUUACAGAUAUGGUGCCAUGAUUAUCUAUAGCUGCUUCCCUGGGUUUCAGGUGGUUGGUCAUGCCAUGCAGACCUGUGAAGAGUCAGGAUGGUCAAGCUCCAGCCCAACAUGUGUGCCCAUAGACUGUGGUCUCCCUCCUCACAUAGACUUUGGAGACUGUACUAAAGUCAAAGAAGGCCAGGAAUAUUUUGAGCAAGAAGAUGACAUGAUGGAAGUUCCUUAUCUGACUCCUCACCCUCAACAUUUGGAAGCAACAACUAAAACAUUAGAAAAUACAAAGGAAUCCCCUGCUUCACAUGCAUCUCACUUUCUAUAUGGCACUAUGGUUUCCUACAGCUGUGACCCUGGCUAUGAACUGCUGGGAAACCCUGUGCUGAUCUGCCAGGAAGACGGAACGUGGAACGGGAGUGCUCCCUCUUGCAUUUCAAUCGAAUGUGAUUUGCCUGUUGCUCCUGAAAAUGGCUUUUUGCACUUUACACAGACUACCAUGGGCAGUGCUGCACAAUAUAGCUGCAAGCCAGGACACAUUUUAGAAGGCUCCCACUUAAGACUCUGUCUGCAGAAUAAGAAGUGGAGUGGUACUGCACCACGCUGUGAAGCCAUUUCAUGCAGCAAGCCAAACCCACUCAGGAAUGGACUCAUCAAAGGAAGUGACUACUCAUACCUGGGCGUGUUACACUAUGAGUGUGACCCUGGCUAUGUGCUCAAUGGCACUGCGAAGAGAACAUGCCAGGAAAAUAAAGAUUGGGAUGGACACGAGCCCACAUGUAUUCCUGUGGAUUGUGGCUCACCCCCAGUCCUGAACAAUGGUCAAGUGAAGGGAGAAGAAUACACAUUCCAAAAAGAGAUCACAUACUCUUGCAGUGAGGGAUUCAUACUUGAAGGAGCUAGGAGCCGUGUCUGUCUUAUCAAUGGAAGCUGGAGUGGAACCACUCCCAGCUGCAUGCCUGUCAGAUGUACUGCCCCACCACAGGUGGCAAAUGGGGUGGCAGAGGGCCUCGACUAUGGGUUCAAGAAAGAAGUAUCAUUCCAUUGUCUAGAGGGCUAUGUAUUACACGGGGCAGCUAAACUUACCUGCCAGUCAGAUGGGACUUGGGAUGCAGAGGCUCCCAUCUGUAAACAAGCUGCCUGUGGUCCUCCUGAGGAUCUUCCCCAGGGCUUCCCUAAUGGCUUUUCCUUUUAUCACGGGGGCCACAUCCAGUAUCAGUGUUUUCCUGGUUAUAAGCUCCAUGGAAACUCUUCAAGGAGAUGUCUCCCCAAUGGUUCCUGGAGCGGCAGUUCGCCUUCCUGCCUACCUUGCAGGUGUUCCACACCCAUCAUUCAACAUGGAAUCAUCAAUGCAACUGAUCUGGGCUGUGGGAAGACAGUCCAGAUUGAAUGCUUCAAAGGCUUCAAGCUCCUUGGACUUUCUGAAAUCACCUGUGAUGCUGAUGGCCAGUGGUCUGGCUUCCCACUCUGCGAACAUGUUGACUGUGGUUCUCUGCCAACCAUACCCAAUGCAGUCGUCAGCAAGAGUAUCCCUUUAGAGGACAACAUGGUAACUUACAGCUGCAGACCUGGCUACAUCAUGCAAGGUAGUUCAAAUCUGAUUUGUACAGAGAAAGGGACAUGGAGCCAGCCUUAUCCAGCCUGUGAGCCCCUGUCCUGUGGACCCCCACCGCCUGUUGCCAAUGCAGUGGCAACAGGAGAGGCAUAUACCUAUGAAAGCAAAGUGAAACUCAGGUGUCUGGAAGGAUAUGUGAUAGAUACAGAUACAGAUACGUUCACCUGCCAGCAAGAUGGUCAUUGGUUUCCUGAAAGAAUCUCCUGCAGUCCUAGAAAAUGUCCUGUGCCAUCAAACACAACACGCAUGCGUGUUCAUGGAGACGACUUCCGGGUGAAUAAACAAGUUUCUGUGUCCUGUGCAGAAGGGUUUACCUACGAAGGAGUGGAUUCGUCAACAUGCCAGCCUGAUGGUACAUGGGAGCCACCGUUUUCUGAUGAAUCCUGCAUCCCUGUGUUUUGUGGGCAUCCUGAAAGUCCAGAGCAUGGAUUUGUGGUUGGUAGUACAUACAGCUUUGGAAGCACCAUCGUUUAUCAAUGUGAUGCUGGCUAUGAAUUAGAGGGGAACAGGGAACGAGUCUGUCAGGAGAACGGACAGUGGAGUGGACAGGUGGCAACAUGCACAGAGAACCGAUGUGAGGCUCCAGCUGAAUUUCUGAAUGGAAAGGUUGUCAUGGAAAACACCACAUCUGGACCCAGCCUGCUGUUUUCCUGCCACAGAGGCUACACCCUGGAAGGGUCCUCUGAGGCACACUGCACUGAAAAUGGAACUUGGAGUCACCUGAUUCCCCUCUGCAAACCAAAUCCCUGCCCUGUCCCUUUUGUGAUCCCUGAGAACGCACUGCUUUCAGAGAGGGAGUUUUAUGUCGACCAGAAUGUGUCUAUCAAGUGCAGGCAAGGCUUCCUGCUUAAAGGCGAUGGCAUCAUCACCUGCAACCCUGAUGAGACAUGGACACAGACAAACGCCAAAUGUGAAAAAAUUUCAUGUGGUCCUCCAACUCAUGUGGAAAAUGCGAUUGUUCGAGGUGUCCAUUACCAAUAUGGGGACAUGAUCACCUACUCCUGUUACAGUGGGUACAUGCUAGAAGGUUCCCUGAGGAGUGUAUGCCUAGAAAAUGGAACAUGGACAUCGUCUCCUAUUUGCAGAGCUGUCUGUCGGUUCCCAUGUCAGAAUGGAGGUGUCUGCCAACGUCCAAAUGCUUGCUCCUGCCCAGAUGGCUGGAUGGGGCGUCUCUGUGAAGAGCCAAUAUGCAUACUUCCCUGUUUGAAUGGUGGGCGCUGUGUGGCCCCUUAUCAGUGUGACUGCCCCGCAGGCUGGACUGGGUCCCGCUGUCAUACAGCUACUUGCCAGUCUCCUUGCUUAAAUGGUGGGAAAUGCAUAAGACCAAACCGGUGCCAUUGUCUCUCAGCCUGGACAGGACACGAUUGCUCCAGGAGAAGGAGAACCGGGUUUUAACACACCCCUGCCACCCCCACUGCCUCUCCCAAAGCAAGGUCAUCUCCUCCUGGUAGCUCCUGGAACUCACACAAAGGAAGACCAACACGGUGCUUGGGCUCGUUUGUUUUAUAAGCUUGAGUUGACUUAUUAAUUUUGUGAUCUAUUUUGUUAUUCUUUGUGAUGUCCUUUCUUCCAUGUUUCCAUUGUUUAAAUAUGCUUGCAUUUUCUAUAUAAAAGUUAUAU